AAAGAUUGACUACUAGUCGCCGAGUACCAGUUAAAUCAAUAGAUAACCAACGGGCAACGUUUCGUUGACUACAGUUUUUGUGGAAGUUGGCGUACUCUUGAUAACACAGUUUCUUUUCAAAUUUGCUACUAUUUUCACAUUUAAUCGACUCAUCAUGUCAAGAAUUAGUUAUUUUACUGACAUGGAAAAAUCAGUUGUGACGGCUAAUUUCUUGAAACGCGGCUGGACGUCAGCAACAUCAGAUGAAGAUUGGAAUUUCUAUUGGGCAAAUACUCAAACAUGUCGCAGUUUAUUCUCAGCUGAAAGUUCAUAUCGUCUCGGUGACUAUCAAAUGAUUAACCAUUUUCCUAAUCAUUACGAACUAACCCGAAAAGAUUUGAUGGUCAAGAAUAUUAAGCGCUACAAACGUGAGCAGGACAAAGAACGAGAAACCCGAGAGCGAUCGCAGUUCAAUCUUGAAUUUGUGCCAGUCACUUUUGUUUUACCUGCCGAUUACAAUCUCUUUGCCGAAGAAUAUCGACGCUGUCCGACGUGCACUUGGAUCAUGAAACCUUGCGGGCGUUCUCAAGGAUCGGGCAUCUUCCUGGUCACCAAGCUUUCGAGAAUUAAAAAGUGGUCGAAUGAGGGAAAUUCUGCAUCGUCGUUCGGCCGUCACGCGGCCGUUCAAUCAUCCGCGAUUGGGGGCGGCGGUGCGCAGCCGACGGCACCGCCGCGCGAAUCUUACGUCAUUUCAAAGUACAUUGAAUCGCCGCUCCUGAUCGGCGGCAAGAAAUUCGACCUUCGCCUUUACGUGUUGGUGACGUCGUUCCGACCCAUUCGGGCGUAUUUGUUUCGGCGCGGAUUCUGUCGGUUUUGCAGCGCCAAAUACGAUCGCAGCACUCAUCAGAUGGAUAACAUGCUUGUUCAUUUAACCAACGUAGCCAUUCAAAAACAAGGGGAUGAUUACAACCCACAUCACGGAGGGAAAUGGAGUGUUGACGAUCUACUGUUUUACAUCGCAAGUCUCCGAGGCAGUGACGCUGCCGAUUUACUGUGGCAAGAAAUUUGUUGGGUUAUUGGGCACUCACUGAAAGCCGUGGCACCAAUGAUGUUAAGCGAUCCUCAUUGCUUCGAGUGUUAUGGCUAUGAUAUUAUCAUCGACGCCAAUUUGAAACCAUGGCUGAUUGAAGUGAAUGCAUCCCCUUCUCUGUCGACAACUACCAACACAGAUCACUUCCUCAAACUCAGCUUAAUCGAUGCCAUCCUGAACGUUGUAUUACCUCCGGAUGGAGUUCCAAAUGCCAAAUGGAAUAAACGUCCAUCUGCCGAAGCUCUGCGAGGUUGGAUUGUGCUAAUUGACGAGGAAGCUAAAGUCGGUUCUGCUUAUGCUCGUCAAAACAAAGCCAACAAAGCAAAGUCAUCCCGAUCUGAUGUUAGCAGGAAUAAGUAGUGUAAAAUCAUCCAUCCUGUUGCAUUCUUCUAUUCAUUCUUCCUUAUUCUUUCAUUUCGUGGUGUAUGGUAAAUG